AUGCCACCCUUCCGUAUGCCCUUUACCUCAAGGCGUCCUGCACCAAAUGCGCCCACUGAGACGACAGAUGAGAAUGCGCGUCCCGACUCCUUUGAUGGAAAUGUCAAGAGUCCUUACGGCAAAGGCAAGCCUUCACUAGCACUCGGCAUCAAGGAGAAGAAGAUAGAGCCCAAUGAAUUCAAGCUGAGUUCCGUGAAUGACAGCGGUGAAUAUCUUCCUCCGUCGCCCACAGAGAGACCUUCGUUCUGGUCGACCAAGUCACCUUCCUCCACCAGCAACAGCCAUCGACUCGGCUUCAACGACAACGAAGCAUUCACGAUAUCACGCGAGUCCUUUGAUUCAUACAGAAGAUCAUUCGACAUUUCCGGCCGCUCCCCAAUUCUCCAGUCCGACAGUUUCAACUCGCGCUCAUCUCUCGACUCACGGCCGUCAAGCCGCUUUCCUACUCGCUCAACGUUCAACAGCAACACAUUUGAGAGGCCUCCAGCUGAAGAGGGUCCGGCAUUCGAGGAAGUGAAGCUGAAUGACGAGGCGAACAAGACCCAAGAGCCAAAGAAGAAGAGUUUCCUUUCUCGGUUCAGUGACUCCGCGGGCGAGCCGGUUGCACCGGCUGCAGGCAAAGAAGAGGGCAAACACCACUUCCACUUUCUUCCUGGCCGAAGACGAGGUCAAAGUGGUACAGGUAACGAGCUUGGAGAUAUCCCACGACCACAAAGUCGAGGCCAUGCAGAGGUGACAGUGAGAUAG